UUAAAAAACUAUAUUUAUUUAUUUCUAUUACAAAACUUUCACCAUCACUUUUCACCGGAAUCCACCGCUAAUGGCCGCCGACAGUCCCCAGCCACUUAAAAUCAUAACCGGAGCAGACUCCUUGGGCUGCUCCCUGAAAGAUGCUCUAAUCUCCCACCUCCGAUCUCUCAACAUAGACGUAGAAGACCUCGGCACGUCCUCCUACUACACAAUCGGCGCUGAAGUCGGACGCCGGGUCUCCGCCGCUAAUUCUACUUCACCAUCUCCAGAAAUCCGUGGCCUCGUCGCGUGCGGAACCGGCGCCGGUGUCUCCAUAUUCGCCAACAAAUUUCCCGGCGUCUACGCCUCCACCUGUCUCUCCACCGGCGACGCCGCCAACACACGCUCCAUCAACAACUGCAACGUACUCGCCGUCUCCGGUUUGUUCACUACACCGGAAUCCGCUAUUCAGAUUCUUGACACGUGGCUUAGUACUCCAUUCAAAGCUCCUUGUCCUGCUUCUAAUAACGCCCCGUGGAGCUCAGAAAUAUCUGAGUUUCUAGAUAAUUCGCUUUUAGAAAUGCCGGAAAUCGGCCAAAAAGUUGAUACAAACAUAAAAGAAGAAGAAAAAGAAACAUUGAGUACGUGUUCGCUGUGUUGCUUAGCGAAGAACAGAAAGUUAGAUGAGAUUGAUUUGAUUCCUGGUGGGUCGAUGAAGAUUCUGAGAGAAAGUCCAACGUCAGCUAUUGUUAGGUUCAAAGCGGGGAGUAUAGAGCCAGCUCAUCAUCAUACAUUUGGGCAUGAUAUAGUGGUGAUGAAAGGGAGCAAGAGCGUGUGGAAUUUGAGCAAGAAGGUGAAGUAUGAUUUGGGUGUUGGUGAUUAUUUGUUUACUCCUGCUGGUGAUGUGCAUCGAGUUAAGUAUUUUGAGGAUACUGAGUUUUUUAUUAAGUGGGAGGGGAAAUGGGAUCUUUUCUUCGAUGAGGAUCUUGAGGUGGCUAAAACUGAAAUUGAAAAAGAAGCGGAUGAUGGGUUUCAGCGGGUGAACUAGACGAAUGUGUGUUUGUGUUGUUGUACAAUGCCCUGGUAUGUGCUUCUUGGUUUUUUUUCCUUUGGUGUCUGGUUUGGGCAACUCUUAGUACCUACUCCAGUCCGAAUAAGCGAGUAUCAGCAUAGAGCGAGUGUUCUAAAAUUUGAGUAUUAUUAUGAUCCGAUCCGUUUGGUGCAUGUAUGAAUACCUUCCGAUGUCAUUGUAAAUGAAGGAAUUUGCAGAUCUUUUUUCCAA